AUGGAUGAGAGCAGAGGGCGACACCCCCGCCCGCCUCCCCGCCCGGCCCUCCCCUCCCCGCCCGGCCCGGCCCGGCCCCCCCGCGGCGGGGCGGGCGGGCGGGCGGCUCCGAGCGCGGCUCCACUCCGCCGCGCCGAGCCAGCGAGCGGGCGGGCGGGCGGCAGCUCUCGCUGGGCGCCGAAGCCCACGGGAGGCGGCGGGCGUGGGCCGGGGCCACGGCGGGGCCCGCGAGUUGGCGGCGGCCCGAGCUCGCCGGAAAGUUGGUGCCGGCUGAGCCGGCGGCGCCUGCUCGCCAUGCAGAGACCCAGCGGCCAGGGGACCGCCUUCUCCAUCGACUCGCUCAUUGGGACGCCGCCACCACGCUCCGGGCACCUGCUUUACACCGGGUACCCCAUGUUCAUGCCGUACCGGCCGCUGGUGCUGCCGCAGGCGCUGUCCCACGCGCCGCUGCAGUCGGGGCUGCCGCCGCUGGCCCCGCUCGCCUCCUUCGCCGGCCGCCUCACCAACACCUUCUGCGCCAGUCUGGGCCAGGCCGUGCCCUCCAUGGUGGCCCUCACCACCGCCCUGCCCAGCUUCUCCGAGCCCCCCGACGGCUUCUACCCGCCGCAGGAGCUGCCCCCGCCGCGCGCCAACCCCGACGCCGGCUGCCGGCGAGGCACCGAGGGGCUGGAGCCGGAGGAGCUUCCUCCGGGGGGGCGCGACAAGGGGCCGCCCGAGCCGCCGCUGCACUUCCCGGACCCCUUCCCCGGCCUGGCAGACGGCAAGGCGUACAGCUCGGACGAGGAGAAGCUGGAGGUGAAGUCGUCGGCCACGCCGUGCAGCGAGCGGGAGGAGGAGAGCUCGGCAGGCGACAGCGAGGAGGAGCCUUUCCUGGACGGGGCGGCCGCCGCUGCGGGCUCCAAAGCCAAGGGCAAGGGCGGCCCCGCCGCCGAGCAGGCCCCACCGGGAUCCGGAGCCGGCAAGAGUCGCCGCCGCCGCACGGCCUUCACCAGCGAGCAGCUGCUGGAGCUAGAGAAGGAGUUCCACUGCAAGAAGUACCUGAGCCUGACCGAGCGCUCGCAGAUCGCGCACGCCCUGAAGCUGAGCGAGGUGCAGGUCAAGAUCUGGUUCCAGAAUCGCCGCGCCAAGUGGAAACGCAUCAAGGCGGGCAACGUCAGCAACCGCUCGGGAGAGCCCGUCCGCAACCCCAAGAUCGUGGUGCCCAUCCCGGUGCAUGUCAACCGCUUCGCCGUGCGCAGCCAGCACCAGCAAAUCGAGCAGGGCGCCCGGCCCUGAGCGCCGUCGGGGCUCUCGGACCCUGGGGCGGGGGGCCCGGGGCGGCUCUGGCCGCUCUCUCACACUCCUCUGUACAUGUCCCUUAUUUAUUCCAUGUAAACUCUGUACAUACGGCAGCGUGUCCGUCUGUCCGUGCCGCGGGGAGCGCGGGCCGCCUGGCCC